UUGGUGAUGUCGGGGAACGGCUCCUUUGCGAACUGCUGUGAGCCCGGCGGGCGGGCGGCGGGCCCGGGCUGGCCGGGGGAGGGCGGUACGCGGGCCUCCGGGACCCCACGGCCUCCGUGGGUGGCCCCCGCGCUCUCCACCGUGCUCAUCGUCACCACUGCCGUGGACGUCGUGGGCAACUUCCUGGUCAUCCUCUCCGUGCUCAGGAACCGCAAGCUCCGGAACGCAGGUAAUUUGUUCCUGGUGAGUCUGGCAUUGGCUGACCUGGUGGUGGCCUUGUACCCCUACCCGCUGAUCCUUGUGGCCAUCUUCUACAAUGGCUGGGCCCUGGGGGAGGUUCACUGCAAGGCCAGUGCCUUUGUGAUGGGCCUGAGUGUCAUCGGCUCCGUCUUCAACAUCACUGCCAUUGCCAUCAACCGCUAUUGCUACAUCUGCCACAGUGUGGCCUACCACCGGCUCUACCGGCCCUGGCACACGCCCCUGCACAUCUGCCUGGUCUGGCUCCUCACUGUGGUGGCCUUGCUACCCAACUUCUUCCUGGGGUCCCUGGAGUACGACCCUCGCAUCUACUCCUGCACCUUCAUCCAGACAGCCAGUGCCUGGUACACGGUGGCCGUGGUGGCUGUCCACUUCGUCCUCCCCAUCAGCAUCGUGUCCUUCUGCUACCUACGCAUCUGGGUGCUGGUGCUCCAGGCCCGCAGGAAGGCCAAGUCAGAGAGCAAGCUAUGCCCGAGGCCCAGCGAUCUGCGGAACUUUCUCACCAUGUUUGUAGUGUUUGUGAUCUUUGCCAUCUGCUGGGCCCCCCUUAACUGCAUUGGCCUUGCUGUAGCCAUCAACCCAGAAGAAAUGGCUCCCCAGGUCCCUGACGGGCUAUUUGUCACUAGCUACUCACUGGCUUAUUUCAACAGCUGCCUCAAUGCCAUUGUCUAUGGGCUUCUGAAUAAGAACUUCCGCAGGGAAUACAAGAGGAUCCUCUGGGGCCUCUGGAACCCAAGGCACUGCUCUCAGGAUGCUUCCAAGGACAGUGAUGCCAAGGGCCCACAGACCCCAGCCCCACCUGCUGCUAAUGGCCAGCACCCCCCACCUGCUGUUAAUGCCCAGCACCCUGUCCAGGAGGAUGCUCCCUAG